AUAAUCGACGGGCAGACCUUUGGUUCACAUGGCAGUCGAGUCGGUAGUCCGACGACCGACAUGCCUGUCGUUAUCCUGCAUAUAAUACAUAAAACCAGCGUAUUAGCGCCCGGACGACCCCUUGAGCACCAACCGCGUCGGUAGUAGCAUCGCGACGUCGUUUGGUAUAAAUAACAUUGCUGGAAGAGCUAUAACCGACGCGGUCUUUAUCUCGUUGUUUGUGUACUGGCAGUUUAGUGAAAAUGUGCUAUUAUGGCAUUAUGCUGGUUGUUUCAAAAACUGUUAAGUGCGUUAGCUAGUAUUCCAAUGAAAUCUACUGCUGCGCGGCCCCCGUGACCUGUGCGUAAAUGUGACUCUCUUUGAGGAAUGUUUAUCCCUGACACGUUGCGCAGCUGCAUGGUGGAGCCCGAUGUGUCGUCGUACCUGCAGACGCCGUCCUCGGGACAGGACGAGUUCCACCCUUUCAUCGAAGCACUUCUGCCAUUUGUCAAGUCAUUUUCUUAUACUUGGUUUAACCUGCAAGCGGCGAAAAGAAAGUACUAUAAAAAGCAUGAGAAAAGAAUGUCUCUGGAAGAGGAACGACAGUGUAAGGAAGCAUUGCAGAAUGAAAAAGGAGAAGUUAAGCAAAAAUGGGCAUCACGCUUAUUGGGGAAGCUUCGAAAAGAUAUUACGCAGGAGUGUCGAGAGGACUUUGUGUUAAGCAUAACAGGAAAAAGACCUGCAGUGUGUGUUCUUUCAAAUCCAGAUCAAAAAGGCAAAAUGCGCCGAAUAGAUUGUUUAAGACAAGCUGAUAAAGUGUGGCGACUUGAUCUCGUAAUGGUGAUAUUAUUUAAGGCAAUUCCAUUGGAAAGUACGGAUGGUGAGCGCCUUGAAAAAAAUCCAGACUGUACGCAGCCGGGAUUGUGUGUGAAUCCAUAUCAUAUAAAUGUGUCAGUGCGUGAAUUGGACCUUUAUUUAGCAAAUUUUAUUAAUAGUCAUGAAAUUUUAAGUGGCGUGUGUUUUAACAACAAUAACAACAAGAAAGAGGAUGACCGAAAAAAUAAAGUUUCAGGUUUUACUCAUAAUCCUUACAAUGGGGUGAUAUGCAAUGACAUCAUAUUAGCAACGGGUGUGUUUUCAUCUAAGGAACUGUGGAAGCUAUCAAAAUCAUCAAUUCUUCAUGAGAUUUCUGACUCACAACCCAACAUGAGUAAUGUUAAAUUAGAACAUCCCGCAUAUUACUGCAAUAGCUAUACUGAACAAGCUGUAGUUUCAUCCGAAAGGUCAUCAUCUGUGGAUGCUAUGGUGGUAUCUGGAACUUAUUCAAUGCCUCAGAAUACUACGAUAGUAUCGUCGAGCUCGCAAGAAAGUCCAAACUCAUUAUAUUACCAGCACAGUCCAGAAGCACAUCAUCAACAUCAAGGCCAAGUGAAAUAUCCAGAAAAUGGGCACGACACUUUGUCUGACUUUGUUACUUUUGUUUGUCAGGAAAACGACAAUAAUCAAAAUGCACAAAUGCAACCAAAUCUAUCUCGAAGUCCAAAGCAACAGUAUUUUUCAUCAACAAUGCUGCCACCUCCUCCAUUGCCACCAAUGGCACGACCCAUUGCAAUAAUUCGUUCAACGGGAGAAGUUACUAUGAGUGGGACAAAUUCUCCACCACCAAAUAUAACACCCCCUUGCAGUGAUGCAUCACCGCCUGAAGAGGUUCCUGAAUUAAAUCCUUCCCCUCCUCUUAGUCCAGGAAGUCAUGAACGGCAAAAAUCGCCAACACAACGAAACUCAGUGCCUACUAGUAAUAGCUACUCACCAUCUAGAGAUUACUCAUCUUUUAACCAUUUUCACGCUCAGCCAGGACAUUUGUUCAACUACCCCAGUAUGAGCGGAAUGUCUGGUGUUAUCAGCCCUACGAAUCUCAGUAUGUACUCACCCAGCGUGAAUACAGUUAGAGGAUCAUCUAGAUCAAGUAAUAUACCCAGGUGGAAUUUCAACCUUAAUGAAGAGGAUUUCAUGAUCACACAUACUUCAACUGGAGAACACAAUGCCAUUAUAUUAAUGGAUGAAGGUGGUGCAACCACAGGCGCAGGCCAUAAUGCCCAGUGCUGUAAUAAUACUAACAUAAUUUGUGAUGCUGACAGAUUUUUUCAUUCCGGAGACCCACUGGAUACAGACUCACCUACACCUCGUGACACCGUGGAUCAGUUGUCUCAACCUUCAAAGUCACCCUAGUCCCACAAUCAGAAUGAAAAUUCAUUAAUAUAGAUUAGCUAUUUGAAAAAUCUGCUCAAAGUUUAUUUAAGACCAAAAUAAUGUAUGUGUGCAGCACUAGUCUUUUUCACUCUUUUACGAGUAAUUAUCUAUAUAUUCCUAAAUGUUUUUAAGUAACAAUCAUUUCAACUUAUGUCUACAUAAGCAUAAGUAUUGCAUGUUUCUUCAUACCUAAUUUUUAGUUUUUUCUUUACCUAUUUCUCAGAUUUAAGUAAUUAAAAAAAAAAGGUUAUUUAAUACGUUUUAUUAUGAAAAUCGGUAACAUCAGUUUUGUGUUUUAAAUUAUUUAAAAAUAAAAGUCAUUGAUUUUUCUAGAGAUUUUAAUAGGUUUCUACCGUAUAUGUAAGUAAUUAUUUCCUGCGUCUUUGCAAAUAAUUAAAGAAUUUAUAUAUAGUCAUAUAAAUGUCCAAGCUACCCACCUAUUAAAAUUUUGUUCUAUGUCAACCUUUAUUUUUAAAAGAAUACCAAAACCGGUGUUAAAAUAGAAUAUUUUUUUUUAUUAAAACUUUAGUGUAGUACAUUUUCUUGUCUCUUAUAAAUAAUAUAUGCCUAUAAACAUCUUUUUUGCAAUGGUUAACAUAGUAAUGAUCUAUCUAUAAUAAUGAAAUUUUAAACAGAUGACCGAAAAAAAAAACGUUCUUUACUUAAAAUCCUUCCAAAAAAGUCUUACGGACGUUUUCAAUUCAUAAAUGAGUAAAAUGAGAAGGUAUGUCUGCGUCCAUGUUCAUGAUAUGACUUUUAUAAUUUAAUUCAUAAACUUGUUUUGAACUUAAGCGUUAAAUUAUACAGCAAAAUGUAUGUAGAAACUGCUCAAGUAGUGUAGGUUAUAUAGUAUAUGAUUGAUAUAGUACAUAUAAUAUAUAUAAAUAUAUAGUAUAUAUGUACAGGUAAUUUUGUGAGAAAACUUAUGUAUUAGGAUGAAGGUAGUCAUCGUGCCAACCGAGGCUGUGCAAAAUCUCUAGGGCUCGGAAUAAUAUAACGUUUAUUCAUUCUACUCGACACAAAAGUGAGUAAGCUUUAUUACUUAUCCGAGCACUACUACCAGAUAUUUGGUUAUACUUUUUCAUUUAAAUUAAUUCUUUAUUUAAUGUAAUUUGUUUGCAGUAUUUCUCUAACAACAAUUGCUAUUGCAAUACUAAAGUGUGCAAGCUGUUAAGGAAAGCCUACUUAGUCGCCAAUUUGUGAACAUAGGCUUUCCUUAUGUUUUUUAUUAUAUUUAUUAUAAUAUUUAUUUUGUUAUAUUAUAAUAAAUAUAUAUUUUAUUAAGUUAUAAUAUUACCUUGAAAAAUCAGGCACUGCUCGCAAAUUGCCUAACCUCUAUUCGCAUAAUGUAUUCUUUAAAAUUUAUAUUUUCUAUUGCCUCAGGCGAGCUUUUAAAACUAUUGAAAAGAGUUCAGUGGAAAACUUAGUUUUAAGAUACAAUUGUUAAAGUAUUUAAAAUUUUCAGUUUUAGAAUAAAUUUAUUGUUACAUACUAAUAUUUAAAGCAUUUUACAAAUGAAAGCUUAUCAUUUUAAUUUCGACUGGAAUGAACCUAAAUACUAUCUUAAAAGAGGGUUUUAAGAUUUACUCUAUAUCUUUUAAAUUUAACACAAUGAGAUACGUAAAAUCCAUCUUGCACUUUUUCUACUAUAACUAGAUAAUCUUUUUGUAGCGAGUAAUCUGUUUGCAUAGAAAAUAGCUACUUUUGUAAAAUUCUAUUAACAAUUAUGUAGUAUUACCAAUUGUAGGUAAUACUACUAUGUAACAAUGUAACAUGUAACAAUGCCAGCAUAUGGUCGAGUUGUUUUAAAAUUUAUUUCAUGAUUACGAGUAUUAUUUUUUACUGGCAGUCAUCUAUCUUACAAAUUUUCUUGUUUAUUCGAUAGGAUAAUUUAUUGAAUAUGAGUUUACUUGAAGAUCCUAUUGGCUCAACGUACAAAAUGUCUCAGCCACCCAUGGCGAACUCAAGAGUUGGUGACGUUUUAAUGCGUUUCCAAAAUAUUAUUUGUGUCGUCAUUUGGUGAUGGAAGUCCAUUCGGUAUAUCAAUUGCCUGGUUUUGGAAGUAUAGCAAAAAAUGAGUGGUCGUGUUACUAGCAAUUCUACCACGUGCUGUCACAUUUCUAAUCAAAAAAAGAAUAUACAACUAAGACAUUUAGGUUUUUCAGCCAGCAUCAAGUUUUUGAGCAAAAAGUUUUUUGGCUAUUUAGCUACUAGUAAAAUUACAUCUCAUAAAUAACUAUUUUAAGUAUAAAGUAAUCAGUUAGUGGUUUAAUAUAAACAAUUAGAAAAAAAUAAACAUUCAUUUAAUCAAAAAAACUUAUGGACUCAAAAAGUUCGACAACGAGUGGUUGUCGGUCAAGAGCAUUUUAAUUGUUAUUGUUUUUUAUUUUAUUUAAAUAUUAUCAAAAGCUUUCAUAAACUGAAUUUUUACUAGAAACUAAACGAUUUUGUUAUUCUUUACGACGCUUUUAAUAACAUUUUUUAUUUGAAUUAUGAGUGAGAAAAAAUAUAAAAAGAAUAUAAUUAGCUUAACAAAUUUAGCAUUUCUUUUGAAAUUUUCGGCCAAUAUGUUUUAGUUAUAAAGUUUUACUGAUAUAUGCAAUUUUUUUUUUGAUGAAAAAUUGUAUUUGUAAAAUGCUUUUCUAAAUAAGUGUAAUUUUAGAUGUAAGAAUAUUGUGUGAUACAUUUGAAAGAUAAGUUUGUUUGACACUUAUAUUUCGGUAAAAUUACAAGUGACCUUAAAUAAUACGAAUGAAAAGACUUUUAUGCAUAAUACUUUAAUCUGCAAUUUAUUUAAUAAGUUUGGCAUUGUAUAUAUUUACAUUUUAGACACUACUAACAAAUAAAUAUAAUAAUAAUUAUUAUAAUUAUGUAAAUACAAAAUAGUUGUUUAGUAAUAUUAAAUUAUGCAAAAUUAAGUUACCUGCAAACAAUAUGUCGAUGUAGAAGAUAUUAAUAUAUAUUAGGCACUUUAUAUUUAUAGGAAAAAGAAGCAUCUUCGAUUUAUUCUGACGACACUAAAGAAAGUAUAUUAUAAUAAGGAUCACAAUUGAAUAAUUGAAGGUGAGAAUCUUGGUUUCCAAUUCUGAUUUAAUAAUUGAUAUGUUUAAUUAUAAAUAGGAGUUACACUAAUUUAAUUUGAUAAAAUUUUUAUUACAUUUCUUAGUAUAUUAAAAAUCCUAAAUAUAAUAUAAUAAUUAAUUUUUUUCCUUGAAUUGCAACAUCAUUUCCUUUACAUCUUUAAGAAUUCACGUUUUUUUUGCAUUGUAACUAAAAUAUUGGCUACAAAUACCGGUUUUUUAUGGACAGUCUAUGUGCUAUUAAAAAAAAAAACGACUAUGUAAAUACGCAAUUUAUUAUAAAAAAGUCUUGACAAAAAAAGAAAGAAAACAUUUUUACUCAGAAAUUUAGGGACAUUUGCAACUGCUUUUUGCUUAAUACUAACUAGUACUUUUAAUAUUUUAGUUUAAUAUAUCUAUCAGACCUAAGAUACUUGAGCAAACUUUACUCCGUAUAUCUGAAAAAAACCUUUUAUUUUUAGUUUAUUAUAGAUUUAAAAUAUAGCCAACAAUAAUAAGGUUUGACAAUUUUGGUAUAUGCAGCUAGAAUAGACGAUAGGAUGAUCUCAAAAGUUUUUUUUGAAAAUAUGUUUAUACAUCACUGACCAAUUUCUUUCUUCGGUAUCGAAAUCUUUAUGCAUUAACAUGCAACAGAAAUUGAUAAGCAAAGUUUUAGGUUAAAAAAAACUCUCGGCAUGGAAUGCGAUUAAUUUGGUCGACCUCUAGUAAAUAGAGAAAUAAUAUUGUUUUCUUUUUAACUUAUUGGGAGAUUUUUUAUUGCAUGUUAAUACAUUGAUUUUCGCACCCGAGACUGAGUUGGCUAGUGCGCGUAUAUAAAAAUUGAUACUUUAAAGUGUGUGUCUCGAAUUGAAAGUUUUAUGCAGGUGCCAUAGAACAGGUCAAACUCCUAAUAUCUAUUGGGCUGCAUCCAGACGCUAAGGUAAUAUAAGCAAUUUUGGCUUAUUGUUGACCACUGGCUACCUUGGGCAUUCUGCCCAAUGCACGCCGAUCCAUCGCUAGCUUUAGCCUGAAUGACAUGGGCAUUUUGGGCAAGACUUUGGUCUAUAAUGUUGACUCAUAUUGGCCACGUCGUCUGGAUGUGGCUUUAACAAUUUUUGUUGAGUCGCUUUUACUAAUGCAGUGUAAACCCGCUCAAACGUACUCUAAGAAACUUACUAAAACUUUUAUUGCAGGGAUAUAAUUAGCGUUAUUUGGUCACUCAGCUUGAAUUAGUUAGAUUAUUUAAAUGGUAUGUUUCCAGAACCACAAAACUACGGUUAUCUAAUCUAAUAAUUUCAUAUGAAAGACUGUAUUAUGUACCCGGAGUUUAAUAGGCGCACGUAGUAGUUUAUUUGAUAACUAAUAUAUUAUGUGCAUCAUUAACCUGCUGUUUAAUUUAUAUGUUAAUUUGCUUAAAAAUUUCUGCAUUGCUGGCCUGCAUUUUACUGCAGUACGCUAAUACAUUUUUUGGGAUAUAUACCUUAUUAUUUUUUAAAACAUAAUUUAAAUAAAAUUGAUGUGAUUUACACUGGUGACCAAAAGUAGAUUGACAACUACUUGUUUUUCAAAUUUGUUUAUAUCACGGUUUAGGAAAUGAUAAAUUAGGUGGGACAGUACCUGAUUAAAAAACAACGGAUCCUAUUUGUAAUGUUUAAUUAUAUUUAAACUAUUUAUUCGUAAUACCCAAUUUUAUUAAAAAAAAUUAAAAAACUCAACAAUUUUCAAGUGGCCAAAAUUUAAUUGACGAAUUCAACGCUUACUAAAAUAAAAAUAAGUAUAGGAAAUUUAAAGGGUUUUAUUUAAUAAUGCGUUUCAUAGCCCCUAUUUCUUCUCACUUCCACCAACCUUUUGAGCAUUGACCUAAUUAAAUUGUCAAUAUAGGACGUGUCAAUGGAUAUCCAGCAUGCCUUCAAAGCUUCAAAAAGUUCUUGUUUAUUUUCGAAAUUUUUACAUCGGAUGUGACGAUCAAUGUAAUCCCAAAUGUUCUUGAUCGAAUUUAGGUCUGGUGACUGUGACGGCCAUUUGAUAACAUUAAUUUUUUCUUGGGUUAAUCAUUGCUUAACGACCUUGGAUGCGUGUUUCGGAUCAUUAUCAUGUUGAAAGCAGUAGUUGAGUGGCAUAACUUCAUCAGCGUAAGGUACCAUAACAUCCUGCAGUAUGUCUUUAUACAUGAAACGAUUCAUCAUGCCUUCUAUCAAGUGUAGUGGAUCCAUCCCAUAGCCCGAAAAACACCCCCACACCAUCACGGAACCACCUCCAUGCUUGACUGUGGACACCAUAUAUUUGGGAUCAUACCUUUGGUUCACAGGACGCCUAACAUAUCUUUUGCCAUCCGAAUUAGACAAAUUGAACUUUGAUUCAUCACUAAAAAUAACUUUUUUCCAUUCGGAGACUAUCCAGUGACUAUGUUCUCGAGCAAAGCUCAAUCCUGCCCGUACGUUUUUUAAACUUGGCAGUGGUUUCUUUGCAGGGCGUCUUGUUUUUAAAUCACUAUAUUGAAGUCUCCUUUUAAUGGUACGACAACUAACUGAACCCACACCUUCUUCUUCCAAAUGCAGCUUGAUUUCUUUUGAAGUUGCGAAUGGGUCAAGUUUUGCUUUUUUCAAAAUUAAUUUGUCAACACAACUAGUGGUCUUCUUUGGUCGGCCAGUUUCUUUUAGAGGAACAUCACUUCGACGGAGAUUAAAAUUUUUUAUUAUUUGACUUACUGCUGGCCUCAAAAGACAAAAAUUUUCGAGCAAUAUCCGCCUGUUUAACCCCUUUCCGGUAAUCGUCGAUUAUUCGCAUCUUAAUAUCGAUCGAUAAAUUUAUAUCACGUGGCAUUGUGAAUAUUUUUCAAAACUAAUAGUAAGGAAAGUCAAAUCAACAGAAACCAACGCAUAAAACUCAGAGACUGAAAAAAUAUGUUGUUUGUCAAUCCAAUUUUGGCCACCUAGCAGUCAAACAAAAUUAUUGGAAUUUGAUAAAAGCAAUAAAAAUCUAUGGAAUUUGUUUCUUCAAACUAUGUUGUUUACAUUCCUGAACACUAAUAAGCUCAACCGGUUUUUCCUUUGCUUCAGAUAAAAUAUAUCUUUGUAUAAAAUUUGUCAAUCUUCUUUUGGCCACCAGUGUAUUUUAAGAUGCUUCUUUUUUAGCAACCAUGCAAAAUACAGGUUGUAUUCACAAAUAAUUUGUUUACUUUGUUUUAAAAUAAUAUUUUUGUUUAUAUGAUAAAAUGCUUCUGUAUAUCUAUCGACAAAUAAUCUUCUAAUUAAUAAUCCGAUUCUUCUGAGUCUUUUUUAGGGCUGCCUUAAUGAGUCUAUCCCUAACACUAUUUAAAUAUACAGAAGCAUUUUUGCCAAUUAUCUUACUCACCUAACGGCAGAAGGAAAUUUUCUAUACAACCUUCCUUCUUAGAAAAAAAAAUUGUAAAAAUUUUAAUAACUGUUUAUGAUGUAACUUUAUUGAUGGUUGUUAGAAGAUUUUUCAAGAAGAUUGUUUUAUAAGUUGAUUUUAACAUGUUUUACUUUUCAUCGGAGGGAGUUUGCUAAUCAUUAACAAAAAAAUUGAGACAUUCAACAAUAUAAGUAUUAAAAAUUAUUAGUAUAAAACCUUUAUUGGCCGCAAGACCAAAAACGUUAUCUAACACGGCUGACUAGCAAUACCAUUAAUCUUUUAAUUCAAAUUUACACCAUUAAUUUUUUUUUAUUGUAUGGUGCCCGUACAUAUAAGGCGUUUUAAAAACCAAGCUUUAUGAAAGAUUAAGUCAUGAUAAAAAAAUUAUAGGCUAAAUCUUUAAUCAGAUAAAAAUGUCAAAAAACUCGAAAAAGCUAUUAACGUUGUAGUAUUAAAUCAAAUGAAGAAACUACUUUAAACUGUUAAGAGAUAGAAAAUUAACUAUUUUUGCAAUUUUUUUAGUAUUCUCUAAUAAAAUUUUCUCAAUGUCCUACAGAAAACCACAUCAGAUCCUAAAAUAAAUUAAGUUAGCACUAAAAAUUUGUUAUCUGUUUCUUUUAAUUCUAAACUAGUUUCUUACGAAUAACUGAACAAAUUAUUUUCAUUUAAAAGAUAUGCUUUGCGAAUCAAUUAUCUAUGGACUGUAGUUAUUUUUUUAUCAUUAUAAUUUUUGAUUUAUCUUCUUGGAUAUUUUAGUUGCAAAUUUUAGGCUGCAAUUCAUCUUUCUCAUUGCUGAUUUAGACAGUCUUUAAAAAUUUUGAUGUUUAAAAGUUGCAAAUAUAAAAUGACUUGCAAUCUACAUAUGUUUCGAUUUCACAUUAUCCAGAUGUCCCACUUACUUAAGAUGAAAAUGUUUUGAACCAAAGAUAAUUGCCUGACUUUAAACAUAAUCUCAGUAGUCUCAGUAACUAUAUUAGAAAUGUAAAGCACCGACACAUGUGAACAGAACUUCAUUAUUUAUAAAUAAAAAUAAGCACCGAAAUGCUAUAAAGUAAUUGUAUAAAUUAGCUUAUUGUAAAUAAUAAGGAAGUAACAUCAAAAUCCGGUUUUUCUGCUUUUGUAAUUAGUAUAAUAGUAACACGUUAAACGCUUGUCUUCCAGAUUUGGUAAAAUGUGUGCAGCAUUGUUAUAUUGCAUUAUUUAUUUAUUAUUUCAUUGUUUUCUAAAUAUUUAUAAAUACCAAUAUAUAAAAUAAAUAUUUCAUAUUAUUUUUUUUAAUUAAAUAUUUAUUGUGGUAUUUGUCAUUAUACAUUAUACAUUUAUAUGUUAAUUUAAUAAAUGCAUUAAAUUAUUUUUCUCAUGAGAAAAACAAGGCUUUACACAUUAAACACAAUAUUCAGCAGUGAACUGAGUUCGUGCCUUAGUAUAACAAUAAUGUAAAAACAUACUUCAUAAGUCAUAUGUAAUAGAAGUAAACUCCCGUACAAGUUGUAUUAUUCCCAACGAAUGCACUAUAAAUUCUUAAAAGCCUAUCUGAAACAUCUUUUAUUACGAAAUAUCAACUGCAAUAUGUUAUAUUUUAAUACCUUAAUCGGUCAUAAACCCUAUCUACAUUAAUAAAUAAAAGUACUUAUGUAACUGAAAGUAACAGUUUUAAAAAAUAUUUUUAAUUAUUUUAUUUGGUAUUUAAUGCUAAUAUGUGGACACCUUAUUUUUAGGUUUAAUCCAAAUUCUGGUCUUAAAUAAAACUAAAUAUUAAGAUAAAAAUAAUGAUUCGCACAAUAAUAAAAUAUUUUAAAUAUACAGUGAGUUUCGGAAUAAAGACGACUAAGGGUUCAGUAAAAAAGGCUAUUUUAAUAUGGUUAUUUAAGUCUAAUUUAAUAAGUUUUAAUAUGGUUAUCAACUUAGUAAAGAGAAGAGAGGGAAGUUAUCACCUAAUUACAAAAAGUAAAGCAAUAUUAUUGAAAAAGAAAAUUAGCAUGGUGAGUUAAAUAAUAAAAGGAUAUGUUUGUUGGGAUAUUCGGUAAGUUCAAAAGCAGAAAAAAUAAAGGUACUCGCCGACACGUGUUCUGUUUAUUGGCAUUUUCAAGAAACACGUGUCAGCGAAUACCACCUUUAUUUCUUCCGCUAAAAACCUAUUCUUUUAUCAUAAAAUCAUAAUGCUUGAUUUUUGUGAAAAUAGAAAAGUGACGAUACAUAAGAUUUUUAUAUCUCGAUUGAUUUUAGUAAAAAGGCAUUUAGUAUAAAAAACAUAAAUAUGUUAUAUAUAUCUUGUGUGGCAAUCUAAUCUGUAGCUAUGGGGUAUUGGUAUGGGGAACGCAGAAAAGAACAUGGCUGAUUUCAUUCAUAAACUGUCCAGUGGUAUAUGCAAUUUUAUAUAAUCAUGAUCAUAUACCAAUAAACAUGCAAACAUAAAAGAAUUUUGAACGAAAUUGCUAUUAAAUACUUCAAUAUCAGUAAAUACUUUUAGGCACAACCAAAUACCAUAUGGGUGCACGCAGGAUCUAUGUCAAAUCGCGGGUCGAAUUUCUCUAUAGCAAUGAACAUAGCAACCAUUUAGGUGCCAUUAGAUCGCAUAAACACAACACUUUUGGGUGACGUUGCCAUUGUAACCAAUACCGUAAAACCUUUGGAAAAAAAUUAAUUUUAUGUUAUAUUUAGUAUAGCAAGAAAAUAUAAUUAUUAACUUCAAAGAUCAUGUUACAAUUCUCAAAAUAUUUUUUACGGUUGUACGACAUUCAAAUUUAAAUUAAAAUAACGACAAUCUUAAUUCCUUUGUUCGAAUUGAACUGUUGGCAACAUCGAAAACUUAUGUCCGAAUUCCUUUCGUAGCAGCAGAUCGAUAGCCAUACAAUACUUUUGUAAUUUCUAUCAAAAAAGUUGCAUAUACAUAUAUAUGUAAGAUAUCUUUUUUUAAUGUCUGCUUCAAGUAAAUGUCUGUCUUAAAUAUUUUUUUUUAAUUAAAAAAAAAACGUUUUAAUUAAAAACAAAAUUCAUUAAUUGUAAGUAUAACAAAAACGUUACUUUUGCAACUAAAACUUCCCCAUUGUGAAAAAAAAUUGCACUCGCGAAAGAUAUUUCCAGUUCGUCGACUCAAGUCAACUCAAGUCACUCUUACUUUGCUUUCAAAAAUAAAUUAAAGAAAAUGACACUACAUACUUUCUUCAAAAAUAGAAUUUAUAACUGAUGAAUCGUAGUCCUUUGUUGACUACUCUUUAAAAAUAUGCACUGCUUGCAUAGUUAAGCAGCAUUUAAAUUUUCUAGAUUUUGACAUAAUUAAGUAAAUGAAUGAUUCAAUAAUUAUGAAUUCAUUAGUUUAAUUCUAAUAAUUUUGCGUUGGUUUUUAAAAUGUUCAAUAGCCCGCACAAAUAAAAAUAAUUAUUACAUGCGACUUACAAAUGCUGUAGGUACAAAGAUAUAUUUAAACUGGACAUUUGUUAUUUAAUCUAUUUCUUCGACUAAAAAAAGUGUUCUUUUGCUGCAAUAUUUCCGAUUUAUAAACUAUAAAUAGAAAACUUCCAUAAUUUUACAAAUAUAUAAAACCUUUACGGAUUUUUUCUAUAUAUAGCUGCAGCUAAUUACUUAAUUAAUAAUAUUGCUCUUAAAUUAAAAAAAUAUGCCUGAAAGAUCCCACAAAAGUAUCUAUUUGCCUAGACAUAAAUGAAAGUAAAAAAUUAAAAUUAUUGCUAUAAAUAUGUAUGUAAAGUGUAAAUAAAACCCUCAUUCUAUGGCACGAAAUUUGUGUAAAUAAUUAUUAACACAAAUCUUAUAUAUUUGUUAUUUGUUAUAACACAUCUAUUAAUAAAUAUUUAGGAAAAUGCUUUAAAAUUUAAAAAAUCGCUAUUACAAUAACUUACGAUUAGUGAACACGACAAUAAAUUAUAUUAGAUUUAUAUUUGUUAAUGCAAAUAUCGUAAGAAGCAUUGUAGACUUUUUUUACACUCAAUUUACAUAAUCUUAAUUGUCCCGGUACACAGCCUGGUUAUACCUGAAUUGCCUUUAAACACAUAGAAUACAGAUAACUGUCCCUGCAAUUGCAAUUUUAAUAUAAAUUUUUAGUAGAAUUUUAAAUUUAUUAUUAGAUCAUUUUCAACUCUAAACGUAUUUGUGGUCGGUAUUGAUAAAGCUUAAAUCUUGUUCAAAUUCCACGACACAGUUCUAUAAAUCUAUAAUAAAAAGAUAUCACGUUUCAAAUAUUAUGUUUAACUAUUGCCAUUAGUGAUUGUCAUCAUAUUUUUAUUUAAAAAUACUUUAUGUAUUUGAAAUAGUAUGAAGAAAAUCAAUGAUAAAUUAAACAAUGUUGUGAUUACAUAAAGAAGAAAUUUCAGAAGAAAAUGUAUAAGAUUUCACAAAUAAUAUAAAUUUAACUCACCCUCAUAACCCCGUAAAUAACCCCCAGGUUGUAUAAAUUCAUAUCGUUGAUCGGCUAACGUAUUUAAACUCUUAGGAGAUUCUAAUUUUUACUUAUAGGUUUUUGUAGUAAUUUAAUUAAUUUAUUAUUAUGUCAAGUAAUUUCUAUGAAGGUAUAAUAAUUCAUUUCACGACACCUUAGAAUAAAACUAGUGUACAUAUUAACGAAAAAUAUUCCUUGCAAAUAAAUAUUUAUAGAAACGGGUGAUAUUUAACCAGUGCCAUUGAUAUUGUUGAUUACAUUGUUAUAGGCGUAUAUGUAUUGUAUACGUUAAGUAGUAGUAAUUUUGUUAUUAGAAAGCUUAAAAUGAGCAUUGUAUGUAUUUUAAUUUUAGAAAUAAAUUGGAGGGUUUCUUUAAUGUUUA